CCCUAUUUCCUGCUCUUUUUUUUCCUCCCUCCCACGCAUUCUCGUCUUCGCCUCUCUCUCGGGGUCUCGGCCGGCCUUUUGCUCCCGUCGACGACAGGGCGGGGCCAGUGGCGCCGCGCCGCCCGUGGCCAGUUCUUCGUCGGGCGCUUCUCCGGCGACGGGCGUCCGGUAGGGGUCCUAUACUCUGCCUCCGCCCCUGAUUCUAGGGUUUCUGGUGCCUUCUCGCUCUGAAUGGCAGACCUUACGGACAUAGGCUGCUGCAGUUGCUUUAGCUUUUUGAGGAAACCCAGUGUACCUGCACGUCAGCCUCGGGAAGCUGAUGGCAUACUAUCUGAAGAUUUGCUGAAGCGCCAAUCAGCUGAAGAUCCUGAUGGGAGUUUCUACACUGGAGACGAUCCUGAUGUAAGCUUUUACAAUGGGGAUGAUCUUGAUCGAAGCUUCUACAAUGGGGAUGAUCCUGAUAGGAGCUUCUAUGAUAGAGAUGAUGCUGAGUAUCUUCAUGGAAGUGAUGAUGGACCACCGAGGAAGACUUCUGAAGAUAUUAUACAGUCAAGAGCUCAAAAUGGCUUUGCAUGUAGAGAGAUCCCAGUUAAAGAGACUAAAAAAGUAUUCCGCUCAGAGGAUGAAAAUGGUUAUAAGAUGGUCAAUCAGUAUGUCCAUUUGGGAAAGAUUGGUUCUGGAAGCUAUGGCAAAGUGGUUCUAUACAGAAACAUUAAAGAUGGGAAGCUAUAUGCAGUGAAGGUUCUGAAUAAGCCCUACAUGAUGAAAAUACGUGUUGUACGAUCAGAAACUGCCAUGACAGAUGUUCUUCGUGAGGUAUCCAUAAUGAAAAUGUUGAAUCACCCCAAUAUUGUAAAUCUUGUUGAGGUGAUUGAUGACCCAAACAUAGAUAAAUUCUACAUGGUUCUUGAGUAUGUUGAAGGAAAAAUGGUUUGUGAUAACGGUUUAGAAGAAGCUACUGCAAGAAAUUAUUUGCGAGACAUAAUAUCUGGUCUUAUGUAUCUUCACUCUCAUAAUGUUAUUCAUGGUGACAUUAAACCAGACAAUCUCUUGGUUACCAGUACUGGCAAUGUGAAGAUAGGAGAUUUCAGUGUAAGCCAGGUUUUUGAGGAUGAUGAUGAUAUGCUUUGGAGAUCUCCUGGCACUCCUGUUUUCACUGCACCAGAGUGCUGUCAAGGUUCAGCCUACCAUGGUCGGGCAUCUGAUACAUGGGCAGUUGGUGUAACUUUAUAUUGUAUGAUUUCUGGGCAAUAUCCAUUUCUUGGAGAUACAUUGCAGGAAACUUAUGAUAAGAUUGCCAAUGAUCCUGUGCAAAUACCUGACGACAUGAACCCCCAACUUGCUGAUUUGCUCCAAAGGCUUCUCUGCAAAGAUCCGGGGGAUCGCAUCACCCUGCAGGCUGCGGCUGAGCAUCCUUGGGUUGCUGGGGACAAGGGGCCAGUCCCUGAAUUCUUCUGUAGAUGUGGCUUUGGCCGCAGGAAGAGGAAUGAUUUUCGGGAAGAAGUGCAAUAACAGAGAUGGUCUAAAGGUCUAGUGUAGAUAAUUGAUGAGGUGUUGCAAAACAAAGCCCUGACGAUACGCUUCUCCGUUGUCUUGUAUUCCCCUCUUCCAAUCGAGCUGUAGGUGCUCGACUGGACAUAAUUCUUUCUUUCUUUCUUUCUUUGCUCCGGUACAGAAUAGAGUUUAACCCUAUGCGAGUAAAACCACUGCGCCGUCUCUCAAAAUUUCUCCCCCUAUAGGAUAGAUAUAGUCACAAGCCAAGAUGCCUCAAGUCCUCUGACAUUCAAAUACAGUUUCUGAACGCUGUGUGCAUUGUUUGGAAGUUGGAGCAUAUACCGUUUCUAUCUGUGACGUUCAUUCUGUCAA